UUCUCUUAUACGACAGUCUAGUCAGUCACGUCACCUCUAGCAUGCUCAUUUUGAAACACGCGACAAAUUAGCAGUUAUUUUUAGAGACAUUUCAGUUUCAGCUACAUCGUGUUUAUUGGAUUGACUGUUUUCGGUGUUCACAAUUUAACCAGGAAUUUGGUUUAUUUCCAUGGAUGGGUAGCGUUGAUGGCUGAUGUAUAGAUUGUCUUCCCUAAAAACGUCGUCAUAUGUUGCUUAUGAUUUAAACAUUGGACUAUCUAUGAGUACAGGUUACUGAAUUGUUCCAUGGAUGUCAAUAAAAAAAUGCCACGAACAAGGGAAAAGAAAAUUUUUCCUGGUAAAAGACAACAACAACGAAUGUUUCGAGAACAAGGAACAAAAUGAGACAGCAUCUACCACAAUUUCCUUUGGGAGAAACAACGAGGAAUUUGUUGGUUUCACGCCAAACACAAAAUGGUGUUUCUCAGGUCAUGAUGGUGACGAUGAUCAGAACAUGGACAGAAUUUCUACUGAUAAGUGUAAUGCUGCUUCAACAACUGCAACAUGUCCGGAGGGAAGUGAAACGGAGUCAAUGUGUGACAGUGCCGACUCGUAUGAUAUUCUAAGUCCAAAUGGCAGCGACGAUGAUGGAGUCCCUGUUAGUGACUCCGACGAAGAAUCCUAUCAGGAUUGCCUGGAUGAAGAUGUCAAUGUUGCAGAUGACAGCCAGAGGUAUGAAAUUAAAAGUGAACUGGCAAAAUGGACUAUUGAAUGCGGAAUCCCACGCACACAUAUUAGUAGAUUGUUGUGCAUUCUAAGAAAGUGUAACGGAUUGUCACAUUUGACUAAAGAUUAUCGUACUCUUUUGAAAAUUGCUCGCCAAGGGUCUACAAAAGAUGUCCAACCCGGAUAUUAUUUCCAUUUUGGUUUAUCAAAUGGUAUAUUAAAAUCGCUAUACUAUCUGUAUUUCGAACCUUCCAAGUGCAAUAAAACUUAGCAUUAAUAUUGACGGGAUUCCUCUGGCAAAAAGUAGUAAUAGCCAAUUUUGGCCGAUAUUAGCAAAUAGUUCGUGAAAUAAAUAAAUUCGUGGGUUUCAGGGUUCAAAACCAUUUGUUGUAGGUAUUUAUCACGGAAAAACAAAGCCAACCAUGGUCAAUGACUAUUUGUGAGAUUUCGUCGAAGAGGCAUUACAAUUAGAAUUGGAGGGUGUAAGAUUUCGAGGGACCACCAUUUUUGUUUCGGUUGUUGCUUUUAUAUACGAUUUGCCUGCAAAAUCUUUUAUUACUCGUGUCAAAGGACACACCGGACUUUAUAGUUGCACGAAAUGCGAAACAAAAGGAACUUUGUACAACCCAAAUGUAAAUAAUCCUAACUCUAGCCGAGUAACAUUUCCGCAACUAAAUGCGUUACCAAGGACUGAUCAUUCUUUUAGGAACAAAUUACAACCGGAACACCACAAAGGGGUUACAAUACUAGAAGAACUGGACAUAGAUUUAAUUUCUGGCAUACCAUUGGACCCCAUGCAUUUAACUGAUCUGGGGGUUACUAGAAAACUUUUCGUAAGUUGGAUUCGUGGAAAAAACCGGAAUGUAAAAUUGUCCUGUGAGAAGCAAAAUCUUUUAGCGAAGAGGAUUGAUCACGUUAGAUUCUAUAUUCCUGAUGAUUUUCCUAGGAAACUUGGGCCGCUUGAUCUCCUAGAUAGGUGGAAAAGCACUUGUUUUAGAAUGAUGAAACUAAGACUGGGGCCAGUUCUUAUGCGAGAUAUUUUAUCAGAUAACUUGUAUAAUAAUUUUUUGGAUUUUCACGUGGCUAUGACAUUGCUUUCAAAUCAACAAGAAAGCGCUAGACCCGAAAUAGUCCCUUAUUGUUCAGGCUUUUUAAAACAUUUUAUAGAAGAUGCCAUUGAAUUGUAUGGUAUGCAAUUUGUAUCUGCAAAUGUUCACAAUCUAAUUCAUUUAACGGAUGAUGUAAGGCGUUUUGGGAAUCUAGACUCAUUUAGUGCGUAUCCGUUUGAGAAUUACUUGCAAAUUAUUAAAAACCUUGUACGCAAAAGUGCUAAUCUCUUGCCACAGAUCGUAAAAAGGCUCAGUGAGAUCGAAAUCAGUCAAGUCCUUGAACCGAAUAAUGCACAAAUAGGAAACGUAAUACUUUUAGAUGGGCAUUUAACUGGGCCACUCUUACGUAACGGUACGGGAAAGCAAUAUAAAAAGGCAAAUUUUAAGACAUGGAAACUGAGUUCGAAAAAGCCCAACAAUUGCGUGUAUCUUAAUGACCUCGUCAUUGUGAUUAUAGAAAAUUUUGUCAAACAUCAUGGUCAACUGUACUUCAUUGGUAGGCAAUUCGAAAUCAGGGAUGAUUUGUACACAGCUCUUCUCAGAUCUAGCCAAGUAGGGAUUUAUGCUGUUAAAAAACCUGGCAAUUAAAAGCUGUGGUCAUUGUCUCACAUUAAAUGUAAAGCUUUUAUUGUUCCAUCGUUUUUCCCAGGGGAUGAUUCUUUUGUUGUUUCUCCACUGUUUGCGGAUAUCAAUGGUUCAAUUUGAAAUGUAUUUUUGAACAUUUGGUUUUGAUAUUAUUACCUGAUUUAAGAAGCUUAUGUUACACUGUACAAUACAGCUGUUCAUGCAA